AUGUUUAUGUUUGUCAUUUGGUUCGCUGAGCUGCGUUCGGAGGGCUUGCCAUGCUGUAAGAAGCGCGAAAUAGCAAUUAAUGGUAAUUGGCCACGUGUGCCAGGCUAUGCAGACAUCUCCUCCGUCCAGUAUUUCGACAUUCUGGAAGGCGAAGAUAAUGUGUUUAUUAUUGGAGGAAGGCUUGACGACGAGCAAGGCAACGAGACGGAACAAGUUGACAAAUUCAAUAUUCGAAAUCGUCGUUUGAUUCCGGCUACACCUCUGGCCUAUCGGCGUUGUAAGACUGCUUGCUGCAGCGUCGAAGUUAGUCCUUCAGGAGACAGAACCCAAAGGGUUAACGGCAUUAUCAUUUGUGGUGGUCAAAACAGCGAAGGAGAGUCCGUAAAGAUCGUGGAACUCUUUAUUCCGGAACAAAAUCGGUGA